AUAGUACAAGGGUUCCUCCGCAGUGAGGAGAUAUCAGUAGUAGUGGAUUCUUUAUCUCUCUCUCUUUUUCAUUGGGUUGAUAAGUGCUAGAGCCAACGCAAACGUGUGAAUUUUCAGUUUACACAGCCACCAUGGAGGAGGACGCGGGAAAAUCUAUCCCAUUCAAGUACCCCGCCUCUGACUUCUUGUUGACUGUCGGAGGUAUGAUGCUUUUUCUCCUGGAUGUGGCACUAGACGUGUGGGCGGUGGUUACUUUUUAUCAAGAAGAGGCCUAUGUGUUCAUGGGACUGCUGGUGUUCCUACUACUGGGCUCCUCAGCCCUGGUCCAGGUUUUCAGCUGGCUGUGGUACCACUAUGACAAGGGCAGUACUGAGACCAAGACAGAGAGCCUUGUGAAGAACCUUCACUUACUCAAGAUCCUUCAUGUGUUCCAGAUGGGAGUCUACCUCAGAUAUGCUGGUCUGGUGAGGAUCUCGAUAUGUGGCUUCUGCAGUAAAAAGCGUUGCAUGGAGGACAUCGCCGUGUAUCUGACCCAUGACCUUAGCCUGCUGCGCCUCAUCGAGACCUUCUCUGAGAGCGCGCCACAGCUUGUCCUCAUGAUUACCAUCAUCAUCCAGAGGGGAAUGGUGGAGCCCAUUACAAUCUUAAAGGCACUUGGUUCAGUGUCUGCCAUCGCCGUAAGCGUGACCAUGUACCACCGCUCCCUGCGUUCCUUCCUCCCAGACAAGGCCAAGCAGGGCUGGAUCUCCUCAGUGGUCUACUUCAUGUGGAACCUGCUCCUGAUUGGUCCACGUGUGGCAGCAGUCGCUCUCUUCGCCUCGGUCUUCCCCUGCUUCAUCGCUGUCCACUUCCUGUCUUCCUGGAUGGUUCUAUUUUUUGUCGCCUGGCAACUGAAGACAGACUUCAUGGACAGCGCCGGCGGAGAAUGGCUCUACCGGGCCACCGUAGGUCUCAUCUGGUACUUCAGCUGGUUCAGCAUAGUGGAGGGGCACACCAGGCAGCGGAGCACCAUCUACCACACCUGGAUAGGAGUGGAUAUUGGGAUGCUUUGUGGUUUUUGGGUGUGGCAGAUGAUGAAGAACCCUCCAUAUUUUGAACUGCCACUAGAUCCCUAUGUCAUCUUUGUCAUUAUGAUCUUACUCUACAUAGCUGGGCUCUGUCUCAAGGUGAUAUACUACAAGUUCUGUCACCCAAAGAUUACAAAGCUAGGAGAAGUCGAUCUGAGGUUGGAGCUGGUGGGGGUCUCCCAAAAUGGGAAAGAUGAAGUUGACUUUAGGUUUAUGGGUCAAACAGAACGUCCGGAACCGUCCGUCAGGUUCAAUAAAAGGAUGAGGAAUUUAGCUGAUAACUUUUACUCUUAAUCCGGAUGAUGAGAUCCCUCCUACACAUUGAAAAGACUGUAUGGGCUUGUUCAACAUUGCAGCUGACAAACCCAGCCAGGCAACUGCCAACUGACUGAUCUACAAAUUACGUUGGAUCAUAAAUAACUACUCAUUAUUUGUAGAUCAGUAACAAUUUAUCCACAAUGACUUAAAGAUCUGUCUGUUUUCAAUCCAUCCUUGUACUUGAUUGAUGAAUUAAGGUCAGUAAUUAGUAAGGAUCUCCCCUCACCUGGUUGUCUAGGUCUUAAUUGAAACCAAAAUCCCACACUUGGCCCUCCGUGGAAUGGGUUUUGCACCCCUGCCCUACUUAAAUGAACCAUCUCUACAGCUUGAAACACUGAGAAAUGUUGACACUUUCAUUGGAAUGGAGAAGAAAAAAAAAAAAAAGUAUGAAUGUAUGUAUUCACUACUGUAAGUCGCUCUGGAUAAGAGCGUCUGCUAAAUGACUAGAAUGUAAAUGUAGACAAGGAUGGCGAUACUAGACAGUUCUGUUUGGCACUGUGCAUUUCUAAUAUGAAGGUAAACAUUACAGUAAUGUUUAUCGUGGUCAUGAACUUGUCUUAUUAAUGUGAUCUCGUGAGAACAGCUAACCAGGGUUACUUAUUGACAGUGGUGGAAAAAGUACUAAAUUGUCAUACUUUAGUAAAACGUAAAAGAUACCUUAAUAGAAAAUGACUCAAGUAAAAGUGAGUCACCCAGUAAAAUACUACUUCAGUAACUCUAGAAGUAUUUGGUUUGAAAUAUUCCAAAGUAAAUGGAAUUGCUAAAAUAUACUUAAAAUGUCAAAAGUAAAAGUUUAAAUAAUUUCAAAUUCAUUAUUACGCAAACCAGACAAUGUUUUUAUUUAUAGAUAGCCAGGGGCACACCAACACUCAGACAUCAUUUACAAACGAAGCAUGUGUGUUUAGUGAGUCCACCAGAUCAGGCAGUAGGGAUGACCAGGGAUGUUCUCUUGAUAAGUGUGUGAAUUGGACCAUUUUCCUGUCAAAAUGUAACGAGUACUUUUGGGUGUCAGGGAAAACAUAUGGAAUAAAAAUAGGCAAAAAGAUACCACAGAAAACUACUUAAGUAGUACUUUAAAGUAUUUUUACUUAAGUACUUUACACCACUGCUUCCUGAAAUGUUAGCAGGGCAUGGACUCUGUCAGGACUAGAUGGUAAAAACCUUGAGGGGAUGUGAGAAUGUAAUUUUAACAGUGCGGUUGGGUGGCCAGUUCUGAGUGAAUGUGCCAAUGUCCUCAGUCUUUGUGUGCAGUGUGCUGGACUGUCUGGUUUCAUGUGUGUGAUGCGAAUGUGAUCCUUUUUGUACAGUGAUGCCAAAGGCAAAAAAAUAUUAAAAAAAUGUCCAUACAGGUGAUGAAGCACUUUGGAAGAUGACGUAUAAUCUUAUUGCUAAUUCACUGCAGAGUGUACGCACGUAUGCAAAACACUAAAACACCGACAAUGAAACCAGGCACCUUCAAAAGUACUUUUAUUUGUAUUUACACUAACAUCAGUAUUCUUAAUGUACACAAGACAACCUUAUUGGGCCUUCAACAGUGUUCCGGUCCCAUACAAAAAAAACUGGGGUGGGAAAACACAUUCGACUCAGUUAUACACUACAUGACCAAAAGUAUGUGGACACCUGCUCGUCAAACAACUCAUUCCAAAAUCAUGAGCAUUAAUAUGGAGUUGGCCUCCACUCUUCUGGAAGGCUUUCCACUAAAUGUUGGAACAUUGCUGCGGGGACUUGCUUCCAUUCAGCCACAAGAGCACUAGUGAGGUCGGACACUGGUGUUGGACGAUUAGGCCUGGCUUGCAGUCGGCGUUCCAAUUCAUCCCAAAGGUGUUCGAUGGGGUUGAGGUCAGAGCUCUGUGCAAGGCAGUCAAAUUCUGCCAUACCGAUCUCGACAAACCAUUUCUGUAUGGACCUUGCUUUGUGCACAGGGGCAUUGUCAUGCUGAAACAGGAAAGGGUCUUCACCAAACUGUUGCCACAAAGUUCGAAGCACAGAAUUGUCUAGAAUGACAUUGUAUGCUGUAGCGUUAAGAUUUCCCUUCACUGGAACUAAGAGGCGUAGCCCGAACCCUGAAAAACAGCCCCAUUAUUCCACCAAACUUUACAGUUGGCACUAAUCAUUCGGGCAGGUAGCGUUCUCUUGGCAUCCGCCAAACCCAGAUUCGUCUGUCGGACUGCCAGAUGGUGAAGCGUGAUUCAUCACUCCAGAGAACGCGUUUCCACUGCUCCAGAGGCCAAUGGCAGCGAGCGCCACACCACUCCAGCAGACGCUUGGCAUUGCGCAUGGUGAUCUUAGUUUUCCAUGGCCGCACACAAGCCUAUCUCAUGAAGUUCCCGACAAACAGUUAUUGUACUGACAUUGCUUCCAGAGGCAGUUUGGAACUUGGUAGUGAGUAUUACAACCAAGGACAGACUAUUUUUACACGCGUCAGCAUAGCGGUCCUGUUCUAUGAGCUCGUGUGACCACUUCACGGCUGUGCCAUUGUUGCUCCUAGACGUUUCCACUUCACAAUAACAGCUCUUACAGUUGACCGGGGAAGCUCUAACAGGGCAGAAAUUUGAUAAACUGACUUGUUGGAAAGGUGGCAUCCUAUGACGGUGCCACGCUGAAAGUCACAGAGUUCUUCAGUAAGGCCAUUCUACUGUCAAUGUUUGUCUAUGGAGAUUGGAUGGCUGUGUGCUCGAUUUUAUACACCUGUCAGCAACGGGUGUGGCUGAAAUAGCCAAAUCCACUAAUUUGAAGGGGAGUCGACAUACUUUUGUAUAUAUAGUGUAUGUUUCAUCAUCUUGAGUAGAGCCAAAUACAUCCCUACAAGCAUGAACAAGUUGAGCCAGAUGUAUCCCUACAAAGCUAUGUACCUUCAUAGCUCAUUGCAUUCGACAGUUGAAAUAGUACAAAAAAAAACAUUUCCAUGACAGCCAACACAGACUGGUCAAAAUGCAGAAGUACAGAAUCACACUUUUUGUUAGCAACAGAGUACUUUAAAAAAACAGAAACCGUCACUGAUAGAAAUACUGUAAACAUCUGACAAAAAAAAAAACGAAAUCAUACCAACCAAAAGGUGAAAAGCAACACUAGAGAUGUGAUCAGCAUGACAAUGAGCAAUAACAGUUUAAAUGUUUUUGGUUGGGAGUUGAUUGAUUUCCAUGAUGUUAGAUAUUGAAGAUGUGGGUCAGAGGAUCAGGCUUGUUUGAUCUUAUAUUCACAUCUCUGGAGAAAAAUAAAUUUAAAAAAUAAAAAACUUGUGGAAACAGAUCGUAAUAUGAAUGUGCAGCCAGUAAAUUAAAGACACCGGUCUGUCUUGUCAACUUCACAAAAUUCCAUGUCCAAGACACCCCUUCCAUUCCAAAGAAUCUAAUUCAUCAUUUUCCAAUGCUUACUAUUUCUCUCAUGUCCCUUAGUGGUACUGUUACAGACUACUUUAUAUGUUUCACCAGAUGUAUGGUGGAUCUGGACACCACUCAAAGUACCAUGUGAUUGAGAUGUGAUUGUCUAAGCAGUGAAAGCAAGAUACAGUGACAAAAAAAAAGGUCAAAUAAACUAAAAAGGUGGUGACAGCGGGUUUCAACAUGGAAACGGAUGCUCUGACUUAGAGGACAAGGGUGUGACUCGUCUUGACAGCAGAGCAUUUCAGCUGUAACAUUUAUGUAUUGGCAGGACAAUCAAAAC